AUGGCGGCCAACUUAACAACAUUGGGAUCAUAUUAUGCACCCUCUGGAGAAAUUAAGGUUGGUGAAGUUCACGAUUUUCCUUCGACGUCAUUUUUAUCCUUUGAAAAUAGUGAUAUUAACUCGUACCCAAACCGAGAAGAAACAGCAAGCUCUUUUAUGUACACUCAAACGGAAAAGACUCCAUCUUCAGGAUCUGUAACAGCUGUCAAGAUGUCGGCUGGCUCAAUACGAGGAUUAAGCGAUUCUACUAACACCAAUACUAGAAAGCAUAAGAAUGUUCCAGAAUCUCAACAUUCCGGUAUCAUGGGACUAAAUCUUAAUUCCCCCAAUUCAAAAAUGUCUCCUCUACUUAGUAUUACAAAUCCAACGUAUAUUCCCAUUUUGGGUUCGUUUGCCUACUCUUAUAGUGGUGUUAGUGGUAACCGGGCCUCAUCAUCUUUCCAACCACUUUUCCCAGCACAUAUCGACAGAGUCUACGAAUCAGCUGCAAAACUGCUUUUUUUUUCGGUUAAGUGGAUUCGUGGAAUCUCGUCUUUCCUACAACUCCAUUUUCGAGACCAAGCCAUCCUGUUGGAAGACUCGUGGAGUGACGUCUUUGUCCUGAGUGCUGCUCAGUGGGGAUUUCCCCUGCACGAAGGGGUGUUAUCUAUGAGUGCUACGUUAAGUCCUGAGAAACGUGUUGUUGUCGUCAACCAGCUUCAGCUCAUGAAAGAUGUGAUGUCACAGCUAACUUCGCUUCAAGUUAAUAGCACUGAAUACGCAUAUCUAAAAACCAUACUGUUAUUUAAGCCAGAAGUCCAUGGCUUGCGUGAUCCUCUCCAAGUAGAAUUGCUGCAGGACCAGACUCAACUGAUGUUACAUGAAUACGUUUUAACGAAACAGCCACCAUCUAAAGUUCGUUUCGGGAAGUUGUUGCUUGUAUUAUCUGUAGUCAGACGUAUAAGUAGCCAUGCAAUUGAGGAAGCUUUCUUCCGAAAAACCAUCGGAAAUAUUCCAAUUGAAAGAUUGCUUUGUGACAUGUUCCAUGCUACAUAGAUAUCACAUCAAGAUUUCGUUUAGAAUCAAGGAAACUAAAACACAUUCUGAGCACAUAAGGAUUGGAAAUUUUAGCUGAUUACUGAUCAAUAAAUCCUAAAAAAAAUCCAUACUUAAUACUUAAAUUUUCGUUUUUAUUGUUACUGUACAUGUUAGUUUU